CAGUUAUAAAUAAAUAAAUAAAAAUUAAAUGAUUAAAUAAAUUAAAUGAAGUUUAACAAAGUUUGAGCUUGAACAGUUAUAAAUAAAUAAAUAAAUAAAAAUUAUAAAAUAAAAUAAAUGAAAUAAUUAAAUUAAAAUAAAUUUGUUAUUAAAUUUUACAUACAUACAGCGAGAAACACUCACAUAUACACACACAUACACGCUAACAUAGACUCAAACAUUCAAAUACAUAUAUACAUAAAAAUAACAUUCACAUAUAAACAAUAUACAUACAGAUAAAACUAUAGGAAUCUUUCUACUUGAAACAUGCAGGACGACUUCCUAGUUGAGAAUGUCGAGCCUGAGCAUUUGUUUGGAAAGCGCGUGUUUUAAUCACUCACAUUUGUAAUUUUUCAAAUCUGCAAUUUAUUUCUAAAUAAUCGCAUGCAUAAUUGACGUGAAAAUCAUUUUAUAUUAUGAUUGAAUUUUUUAUUUUAAAGUUUCAAAUUGUUACUAUUUCGUUUGUGUAUGUUAUGACAACGACGUCUGGUUAUCAAGAGUUAUGUGAUGAAAGAUACUGUUUGUAUUCCAACUUCACGUAUAGACUGUACAAUGGUCUAACAGAUGCAGAUAACGAAUGUAGACAACUGAACAGAGAUGGAUGGCUACUGGAGGUUUACGAUGGAAACGUCAGUUCGCUAGUUGAUCGAUUUAUUAGUCAAUAUUAUUGGCAUUUAGAUCGGAGAAAUAUUCCGCUAAACAUGAAUCAUUCGGGAGAUUGGUUUUGGUUGAACAAAGUUAAAUGCAAUAUAGAAGACCAAGUUCCUGCUGCUCGCGGAAUUGCCUACAUUAAAAGAACUUACGAUGCUACUAGACAAGUAGUGCUAGGAUAUUUCGCAGACUACUUCAGCAGUUCUAAAAAAGCCAUUUGUAAAAUUGAAAGUAAUGCCAACGUCUUACACUCCAUCAUUGUUUGUAGAACGAACUUUUUUGUUGCAGAUGCAAACAGUUGUUCUCAAUGGAGCAGCUGGUCCUACAAAUCAAGUUGCUAUUUUUUAUACCCAUAUCCCAACACGUGGUACCAACAAGAGAAUGAAUGCAUAAGACAAGGUGGUGAUCUGGCAGUAUUUGAUGAUCUGCCACUCAGUGAUUUCAACAGAACAUGGCUUAAUUUGUGGGGAGAUGAUGGUUACUGGGUUGGACUAUCUAGAUAUAACUUCAUGUGGAGAAAAGCUGACUCGGCCGUGAAAUUUUCAAAAUGGAAAUCUGGCCACCCAGAUUUUUACGAACCGCCAUCUGAUUUCUGUUCUGCAAUCAGUCAUGCAGAUGGAAGUUAUUGGGUCAAUAACGUCAGAUGCAAUGACAACUAUGUUAUCAUUUGCAUGACGGGUAAUGAAACUUCAAACGAUAUUCCAACAAACGGAGAAUUGACACAGGAGCAGAAGAUAGGGCUGGGAGUUGGCUUGGGAUUGCCACUAUGUUUGUUGCUGGUGGGGGGUUCCGUGUUGGCAGUCGUCUGCCUGUGGCGCAAAAAAUUAGCCUGUUUCAAGAAACUCACAUCACCCCAACCGCGACGACUCCAAGAGUACAAGGAUCCCAUCUACGCCUAUCCCGUUGUUUCGGGAUCCCAAAAUCGAGAAAUGGAUACGACGCCAAAACCGGAUAUAGUUUACGUGGUGCCGGAUUUUUCGGGACACCAAAAUAAUAAGAAUAAUAAUAAGAAUGAAAAUAAUAAUAAUAAAACCAAUAAUAAUAAUAAUACAGAUGAUGUUGAAUAUGAUAACAGUGAUAAUAUUAGCGGAGAAGUGUACGGAAAUAUUAACGAAUUAAAAAAAGUUAAUAAUAAUAAUAAUAAUAAUAAUAAUGGGAGUGAUGAUGGUGAAAACGAUGAUAACUAUUAUGAUGAUGUAAAUAAUUAUAACAAUAAAAACGCGGGUGGUGGUGAUAUGCAGAAUAUGGUAUACUUGCAUGACAACCUCUGCACUGAUUCCUCUACUGAUUUGAGAUGAGGAAUUAUGAUAUCAUUGUUAUGAUAUUGGGCUAUUAUCAUUAUCUCAUUACCAGUGUGAUGUAUUUGUGUGAGACACACACACACACGCACACACACAUACAUACAUACACAGAAACACACAUGAAUAUUUAUCAUUAUUAAUAUGUUAAAAAAGGGUUUUUUUAAUACAGGUUUGGAUUAUUACUGUUGUUAAAAACGCUAUCAACAAUACACACACAUACAUACAUGUGUGUGUGUGUUUGUGUGCGUGUAUGUGUGUGUGUGUGUGUGUGUGUGUGUGUGUGUGUGUGUGUGUGUGAGUACUAUCGUUAAUAAUAUAAUAGUUUGGUAUUAUUGUUACAAUCCUAUUUUUAGCCAUAAUCGUGGGACGUUCGUCAAUUUAUUCUAUUGUUUUGAUAGCGUAAUAACUGAUUAUAAAUGUUCUUCUAUAAAUUUUGUAAGAGCGAGAGAGAGAGAGAGAGAGAGAGAGAAAGAGAGGUGGAAGAUAGAAAGAAAGAAAAGUUGGAAAAAACGAAAGAAAGAAGAGACAAAAUUGAGAUAUAGAAGGAGAGAGGCUAGAGAAAAAAAGGGAUAAGGUUAAAACAAGAAAGAUAGAUCGGUGAGUGAGUGAGUGUGUGUGAAAAAGAAAUUAGAAAACCCAGAAAAAAUAAACUAGAGAGAGGGAGAGGAGAGAGAGGAGGUAAAAAACGAAUGAAAAAAAAUGUUUCAGAAAAAGAAAUUUAAUUAUUUCCAUAAAAUAUUUAAUAAAUAUUAUAAUUUCUAUUUUCAACACUCUCUUUUUAAUUGAUUUUAAUUUUAUUAAAACAUUAACGCAAUUAUGUAACCAAUGGUGGAAAAACUACAGAAAAAAAAGCCACAAAUCUUAAAAAAUUCUGCACAGAGUCGAAAAAUUUGCUAUUUAAGUACAUAUGUGGCCCUUCAAUGGUAAAAUAGUUCUCAGUGCGGCCCUCACAGCAAAAAGUUUGCCCACCCCUGGUGUAAACUGU